AUGCUUGAGGUUCGCUCCGAUUUCCACAUAUUGCUAAACAAGAUGCAACCUCCUGUCAAUGAAGUGCCAGAAGAUAUGAAGGGUCCCAUUGACGUUUCUUCUCCCAUCGAAUCACUGCCUGGCUAUUCACAGCUUGGAUUGGACCCCAAUGAACCUAUUUAA